UCGUCGUCCAUUAUUCAAACCUAACCAUGAUCAUGAGCUGGAACGUCCCUCCCAGAGUUGCAGCUUGUUAUCUAUUCAUGUUCUUCCUUGUUCUUUCCGAAAGGAUUAUCAAGGCCGCCAAGGCAGAAAACACGACAUUAACCCAAGUUGAUGUGGGUGUGGUUUUGGACUUGGAUGGGCGGAAUGGAAAGGUCGGGAUGAGUUGCAUUAACAUGGCUCUUUCCGACUUCUAUGCCUCUCAUACUCACUACAAAACUAGGCUGGUCCUUAACCCCAGGGACUCCAGAAAUGAUGUUGUCCAAGCUGCUGUUGCAGCUCUAUACCUAAUAAAAAAUACAAAAGUGAAAGCCAUCAUAGGGCCACAAAAGUCAAUGCAGGCAAACUUUGUCAUUGAUCUUGGGAAUAAAUCUCAGGUGCCCAUCAUAUCAUUCUCAGCAACAAGCCCUUCUCUUACCUCACUUCGUAGUCCAUACUUUUUUCGAAUUGCUCAAAACGACUCAUCUCAAGUGAAAGCCAUAAGUGCAAUUAUUCAAACUUAUGGAUGGAGAGAAGCCGUACCUAUCUAUAUAGACAACGAGUAUGGAGAAGGUAUAAUACCCUACUUAAUUGAUGCCUUGCAAGAUAUUGAUGUUCGUGUUCCCUAUCGUGGUGUCAUUUCUCCAUUGGCCAAUGAUGGCGAAAUCAGUGGAGAACUUCACAAGUUGAUGACAAUGCAAACUAGAGUUUUCAUUGUGCACAUGUCGCAUAAUCUCAGUUCUCGAGUUUUCACAAUGGCAAAAGAGAUUGGAAUGAUGAGUCAAGGUUAUGUUUGGAUCAUUACCAAUGGGAUAGCCAACUUUGUUGGGUCGAAAGAACGUUCAGUUCUUGCCUCAAUGCAAGGGGUAUUGGGUGUGAAGACUUAUGUUCCAGAGACAAAAGAGCUUGAAAGUUUUACAGUUCGAUGGAAAACGAAAUUCCAACAAGACAACCCAACCAUUACAGAUGUUGAUUUGAAUGUUUUUGGUUUGUGGGCUUAUGAUGCUGCUUCAGCUUUAGCCAUGGCAGUUGAGAAGGUUGGGACUACAAAUCUCGGGGUUGGAAAGAGUACAAAUGCUUCAAGCAACUUAAUUGAUCUUGAAAGUUUCGAGAUCUCCCAAGAUGGUCCAAAACUUCGUGAAGCGAUACAGGAUAGUAAGUUUAGAGGCCUUGCUGGGGAGUUCAAUCUUCUUAAUGGGCAAUUACAAUCAUCAACUUUUCAGAUAAUUAAUGUGAAUGGUAAUGGAGAAAGACAGGUUGGAUUUUGGACACCAGAAGAUGGACUCAGAAGGGAAUUGAAUUCGAAGAACACAAGCAAAUAUUCUACUUCCAAGAACAAUCUGGGACCUAUUAUAUGGCCUGGUGAUCUAACCUCUGUUCCUAAAGGUUGGGAGAUUCCAACAAAUAGAAAGAAGCUACGAAUAGGAGUGCCAGUGACUAAUGGUUUCAGCGAAUUUGUUAAGGUCACAUAUGAUCAUAGCACUAACGGAACACAUGUUACUGGGUAUUGUAUUGACAUCUUCAAUGCCGCAAUGGAAUCAUUACCAUUUUCUGUUAGCUACGACUUCAUUCCCUUUGCAAAACCUGGAGGUGAAAGCGCCGGUACUUACAAUGAUUUGGUCUAUCAAGUAUUUCUUCAGAACUUUGAUGCUGUGGUAGGCGAUAUAACGAUCGUAGCAAAUAGGUCUAACAUUGUGGAUUUCACAUUGCCAUUCACGGAAUCUGGAGUGACAAUGGUAGUGCCACUCAGAGAUAAUAGGAGGAAAAAUGCAUGGGUGUUUUUGAAGCCUUUAAGUUGGGACCUUUGGAUGACAAGCGGUUGUUUCUUUGUAUUCAUUGGCUUUGUGGUAUGGCUUCUUGAACAUAGAGUAAAUGAAGAUUUUCGUGGGCCUUGCUCACAUCAGAUUGGAACAAGCUUAUGGUAUGCUUUCUCAACCAUGGUUUUCGCACAUCGGGAGAUAGUGAUAAACAACUGCACUAGGUUUGUAGUGAUCAUAUGGGUAUUUGUAGUGCUCAUUCUUACUCAAAGUUACACUGCAAGUUUGGCAUCUCUCCUAACAGUUCAGCAGCUCCAACCAACAAUUACUGAGGUCAAGCAGCUUGUUAGGACUGGGGAGAGGGUUGGGUACCAUAGCGGUUCUUUUGUGUUUGGAGUCUUAAAAGAAAUGUCUUUUAAGGAAUCUCAGCUUAAGCAGUAUAAUUCAAUAGAAGAAUGUGAUGAGCUUUUGUCUAAAGGAAGUGCCAAUGGUGGUAUAGCUGCUGCUUUUGAUGAGACCCCUUACAUGAAGCUGUUAAUAGGAAAAUAUUGCUCCAAGUAUACCAUGGCUGCAUCAAUCUAUAAAACUGAUGGGUUUGGCUUUGUAUUCCCAAGAGGUUCACCUCUUGUAGCAGAUGUUUCUAGGACAAUCUUGAAUGUGACAGAAGGAGAGAAAAUGGAAGAGAUUGAAAGUAAAUGGUUAAAGAAACAAACCCAUUGUGAAGACUCCAAUGCCCAAGAUUCUUCUGAAAGUCUUGGCCUCUCUAGCUUCUGGGGCCUAUUUCUCAUUGCUGGGAUUGCUUCCUUAUCAGCUCUCAUCUUCUCUGUGUCUAUGUUCUUUUACAAGGAGAGGCAGCAUAUCUUCAAACCCUUUGGUGCAGGAGACUCAAUAUUGGGAAGAAUUCAUCAUAUAUUAAGAACUUUCCUUGAGAGAGACCUUCGCUCGCAUACAUUUAGAAAGAAAGCAUCAAUGUCAUUGCAAGACAAAAAAGAAAUUGGAAGUCUUAAUGGUAUAGGUGCAGGUCAAGCCUCAACAAGCACUAGACAUCUAUCAAAUCGGUCAAAUUGUUUAACACAAACGGAAAUCCACUCUACUUCCUUUGAAGUUUCGGAAACACCAUCUAGAGAAUAUGGUAUUCCCUAUUCAAACGGUCAAACAUCUCAACCAGCACCAACUACUAUUGUUGAGAUCAUUGAAAACCCAACUCAAGAGGUCCAAGAACCCCCCCAAAAAUAGAUCAAGAAAAUAGUUCACCAUGCAUUUUGUAGUCUUCUUUGAUAUUGACACAAUGUCAUAUUUUUUAUUGAGUCAAUUUGAAAUGUUCUAUAUUGUAUCUUUGCCGCUCCUAUCCUAGUGAUUAUGUGACA